AUGGACCUCCACCAUGCUUGCGGUGGACAAUGGGACACCUUGGUGACGCAAUGCCACCUCACCACUGAAGAGCUCGACUCCUUUCUCGAGUAUGCCGGCAUGUUUCUCUGCAACUUGGGCAACUCUUAUGUGAGUUUCAAGGAUCGUCGUUCGUACCAGGCGCUGACCUUCACCAGGGCGAAAGAGACCAAAAGUUCGUCCCUGGUUCAACAGUCGAAACACUGCGAAAGAUUGCAGAUAUUUCCCCAAAUGACCAUGGACGGGCUGGAGAAUACCAUCGGUCCAUUAUUAGCAGUCCCGCCAUUCAGCCUUGGAUAUCCCAGCAGGGACGUGCAGUCGGCCCAUUACCCAGGCACCGAAGCCCUUUCCCAGGAAGAGAUCGCCCAGGUGUCGGCGUCCGUGGGACGACACUUCCUCUGGCCGGAAAAUACUCGACUGCGGAAGCUUUUCAAGAAUGGCAAGCCCGUCUACCGGCUGUUGCAGGCUUCCGCAGAGAAUGAUGCUUCCAGCAGCAAUCCACAUCAACUCGAUAAUGACCUCUUCCUUAUGAAAGGCGAUCACUCCCAAGAACUAUCCAAGGUCUGCUCGGCUUUGAAAAGGGCAAAAGCGUACGCUAGCAACAGCAAGAAAAUCCAAUUCUUGGAGCAUUACAUCGAAAGUUUUCGCACUGGUAGCUUGGAGGCAUUCCAGGCGUCGCAAAAGGUAUGGGUGACGAUGUCUCAGCAACAGUGGAACACUUGA